AUGUCUUCAUCAAAACGGGAUCAACAAUCAUCGCCUUUAGGUUCAUCUGAUGAAAAUAAUCGUACAUUAUUCAAUUCUGAUCCUUUAUCUCAAAGACCAACAAAUUUAAGACAUUCAAUUGCAAGUAGCGAACCAUCAUUAGAGAAAUCGAAUAGAUCAACGCCUUCGUCACAUGUAUCACCAGCAAAUUUCUCCAAUGAUUCUUCAAAGAAGAACGGAACAGGAGGCGAUGAAAUGAAAACUACUACGUCUGUAACAAGUCGGACUGACAAUCAAAUUCCUCCAUGCCGAACAUUCAGUGAAACAAGUAGUUUAGAAAUUCAGUCCUUGCAGCCGGCGUCAAAAUCUAUUGUGCGUGCUUCUAAAUCGCAUGAUCCAUCUGCCCGUCAUCGAUCAACUACACCAAACACACCCCCAUCUACUCCACAGAUACAACCAAGAGCUAAACCAGAGUUGCAAGUUUUUUCAUCGGAUUUAUCUACAUCUAAGAAAAAUAAUGAUUCGGAUCGACUCUCCAUUUCUACUCAUCCAAACCCGAUAGAACAUAAGCAAACUAAGACAGAGUCAACUAUUAGUCCAUCUGAUAUUCGUCGAAGAUCUCCAUAUGAUCAAAUGUCUUCACCAACAGAUGAUCAAUCAUCAUCAUCUAAUCAGGAUUAUCAUCAAUCACAGAAAACCGUCAUACGACAAACACAGUCGAUUAAGCAUGAAGAUCAAACACGUGAUCAAUCACAAACAUUAAAUUUAUCUCCAAGAUCAACACCAAAAGCUUCAAAUCGAGAUUAUCCAAUUUUUGCCUACGUAUCUGCUUUACCGUGUAAUGAUUUUAAUAAUAAAGAACUUGAGUCCAUGAUCACUGAUUGUUUACGCCGCGAAUACCAACUACAAAUAAUCGAUAUAAAAUGUAGCUUACAAUUAGAUGUCGGUAUUGUUUAUCUACGAAAUAAUGAAGACAAAUAUCGUUUAAUUAACACCAUCAAAAGUAUUAAAAUCAACUCAAAAUCCAAUGAAACAAUAUCAUUUGUAGAUGAACUCGAGAUAAUCUCCUACGUGGUUAUUGAGCCUAAGGAUAUAAAAUAUCUUCCAGUUGCCGAUGAUAUACGUCAACAAUGGAUGAAAGUUUACAAUGGCAACUGUCCAUUGACAUGUAAGAACUUAUGUGAUGAAUUUCCAAAUAUAUUUCGAGUAGUUAUAAAUACAUGUGAUGAACUUAUCAAUACUACACUAAUAACUGAAUUCUUGAUUGGAAAACAAAAAGCCAUCGUUUACUUUCGAGCUGAUUGUUGUUUUUUCGAAUAUUUAUCACGAACAUUUAGUGAGGAUAAUUUAAAGUCUGCUAUUAGUAAACAAAUUUCUGAGAGAAAUAUAUCAAACAAAUCCAUUUACAUUCAAUAUAACAAAGCAGAAGCCAACGCUAUUGUCAUAACAUGUGAUAAAGCUCGAAGAUGGGCAUUAUUUCGUUCAAUCAAUUUAGAUGGACAAUUUAUUAUGAAGAUAGACAAAAUCAUUUAUCGUCUUAUAAUUCGAUCAGUACCCAGAAAAAUUUCUGUUUCACGUAUCGAAAAUUUGGAGAUUUUUGCCGGUACCCGUACCAAGGCGAUACCAUAUGGUGAUGAUAUCAUUCUGGAACUACGGAACAAGAGUAUCUAUGAUAAGUGUCUCAAACAAGGUUUUUUAAAUAUCGAUGAUCAUAAUAUAAAAAUUGAUACCUAUUCAUUGGCGAAUAACUAUGAAGAUUUGGAAAUUGAUGCUCGUAAUUGGUAUGAAACAGAAAUGUGUGUUUAUAAAUCUGAUAUUAUGCAGUUUAUUGCUCAACCUGAACAUCCAAUUUUUCAAUUCAAAUGGAAUCCAAAAGCAUUUAUAGAGCAAUUCAAUCGUUGGACUUUGAAGACUAGUAAUGGUACUACGCAUGAACGAGAUCAUAGUGGAACAAUAAGUAAUGAACAACGACAUUUAUUACGAAUGACAGUUAUGUUAAAUACAAUUGGUAUUUUAAAAAAGGGAAGUUACCAUGUAGAUGAUAAAAAAAUUAAGUUGAAAUCAGAUCCAUUGAAAACAAUUGUCUAUAAUCAUCAGUCGAAACUGCAACAUGGUAUGACAAAACAGUCAUCUUCUGCCAUCGAUUAUCCAUACACAACCACAUCAGUCCAUGUAGUAAAUGAAGAUUGUCUUAUUGUUUACGAGUACUUAUUGUCUAAGGGAUAUCGUCCAUUACUUCUCAAUAUGGCAAAUGCACACUCGCCAGGUGGUGGUUAUCGCCGAGGUGAUGGUGCACAAGAAGAGAAUAUUUUUCGUCGUUCUAAUUACUUUCGAAGUCUCGAUAUGGAUCUUGAUGAUAGAACACCAACUGCUCGUUUUUAUUGUACAUCGAAUUGUGAAGAAAAACCGUUAACUGGACGUGAUCGAAUGUAUCCAAUGGAUGAAUUCGGAGCAAUCUAUACAUCAGGACUGACAGUUUUUCGUCAACCUGAAAAUAUAGGCUAUGCUCUUAUGGAUAAACCUAUGUUAAAUGUUUGUGCUAUAGCUAUAGCUGCUUAUCGAGAUCCAAAAUUGGAUAAGAAUAAUAAAAAUUUCUUGAGUUCGAAAUAUUCAAUUGGUAUGCGCAAAAAAAUUGAAAAUAUCUUUGCUAUUGGUCAUCAUCAUAAUCAUGAUUGUCUUGUUCUUUCUGCAUUUGGUUGUGGUGCUUUUCGAAAUCCACCAAAACACGUUGCAGCUAUAUUCAAAUCAGUUAUCGAACAAUAUGCAGGAUUUUUCAAUAGAAUCUACUUUGCUAUUAUUGAUGAUCAUAAUGCUGGUCAAGAAUUUAAUCCACAUGGAAAUUUUCGACCUUUUCAAGAAAUAUUCAAUACAUUGGAAUUCAAACCCAUAAGACAGAAAAUGGUCGAUAUGAUGAUUGGACCUUGGCGAAUUUUGAAUGAGACAAACAAUCGAGAGAUUACUUUAAAUGAUAUUCGAAUUCAUUACUUACCUCCAUGUCGUUAUGGAGGUAGAUGUCGAGACUUGGAAAACAAGCAACAUUGCCGUGAAUAUUUACAUCCACCAAUAUGUCCAUACAUGGCUAAUUCGAAAGAUUGUGAACUAAAAGACGAUAAUGAUCAUAUGCUUUGGUAUAAACAUCUAAUGAAAUGUUCACGUGGUGCUAAAUGUCAAUUGAACGAGAAUCCAACGAACUUAAAUCAAUUUGAACAUCCGAAAAUCAAUCGUGAUAAUAGACAAUAUGCGGACAUGAAUCGUGAACAUUUAAAGCUUAAUAGAAAUAUAUCUGCAGGCGAUGAUAAAAGUAUGAGUACUGAAUACGAUGUUUAUAAUAAAAAUAAUCAUUCGGUUUUGCAAACUUGUCCAUUUACGCCAUUCCAUUGUCGACAGCAUACUUUACUAUCGGAAGCGACAAAUAUUCAAACAGUAUCACUCGAUGCUCGAAAUCAUUGUGCUGAUUUUUUACACGUAUGUCGAUUUGGUCGUCAAUGUUAUGACACAUCGAAGUUACAUUUGGAAAAAACCAUUCAUAUCGCACGUGACAUGUGUCGAUAUGGAAAAAAAUGUUUAAAAAUUCAUCAAGAAGAUCAUUUGAAUUCAUUUUCACAUGAAGGCAUUCCUGAUAUUCGUCGCCUAUGUAUGUCUUCAGCCUACGAGUGUCCAGACCUACAAAAGCCCGAACAUAUUAUCCGAUAUCGACACUCUGGAAAUUACGAUCGUAGUAGUAUUAUUCAAUAUGGUGGACUUAAUAAACGUAUAAAUUUUGUUCAAAAUCAACGAAUAAUGUUUGAUACCAUUCUCGAUUAUGCUCAAAAUUUGCCGUCAAAAGCUCCACUGUCAAUUUCAAAUUCAAUUUCAAAAUACAUCAGAGGAUUACUACCAGUUUAUCAAUGUUCAAAAGAGAUUUUCGAGUUAAUACUCAUCCAUGGUCAUGUCAUGUCCCAUAAACGUAUUGACGAGUUACAAAUGCCAAAAUUCUUAAUUGAAAAUAUUCAACGAAAUAAAAAAAUUGAGUCAAUAAUCACACAAUAUAAAAACCAAUCACUUGAAGAUCAUAUAAAAGAUUACAUUAAAGCUAUUGUCUCUAAUGUAUAUAGUAAACGAACUCCUCAAACUAAGCCAACAGUGACGAAUACAAGAACUAAUUAUUCUCAACUAUCAACAAUGCCAAUACCUGAUGAAGACUUUAACAAUACUAUCCGUAAAGAAGAGAAAUUUCUGCGAGAUAAACUAAAUCCAACGGAUAUCGAUAUCAUUCGUCGAUAUACCACGGAAAUUACUGAAGCAACAUUUAACCUUGAGAUCAAUUCUAAUAGUAUUCGAAAGACCUCUGACGAAAUAUGUGAUGAAGACAAAUAUAUUUAUACUAUUCUUGGUCCACAACUUCGUCGUGAUUAUGGAGAUAUUGUGCUUGUGUUCAAACGACAAGUAAUGCUUCAUCCGGAUGCGAAUUUUUCCAUUCAAUCAGAGGCUUCAUUUUUAAAUGGAACUACAUUUAAUCGUCGACCAUGGGUCACAGACUCGCGUACAUCCAAUGAGCGAAUCAAGCAAUUUCAGGAAUCGAAAUUACAUUGUUCAAUACUUGGAUAUGAGAGUUCAGCAGCAGCUGAACUCAUAGCUGCAGCAGGUCAACAUAAGAAAACAAUAGAUGUUGAUUCGAAAUCAAUCAUAAACUAUUUGACAAGUGUGGACACAGAUUCAUUGUUCGAAGGUCAUUUGCCUGAUUUAAUUCCUUUGGAUUACAUCGAAGAAAUUUACAUACCAAAAAAUCUCUUUACAUCUCUUUCACCAGCAGCUCAAAAGUCAGCAAAAUCAAUUUUUCAUUGUUCAUGCUAUAUAACAAAUCAUGAAAUUAAUCUCAAUUCUACACCUAGUAGAGAAUCACGUGUACUAGAAAAGAAUCGUACUGAAUAUCAGCAAUAUGUUAUGGAUAAAUUGAAUGAAAAGUUUGUUCAAAACAUUGGCUAUGCAUCAGAAUUACGUGGUACUUGUAUCACUUUACCACCGAGUUGUUUCAUUGAGUAUGUCGCAUUACCAUUCACAAUAUCGCAAAUCUAUGGCCAAUAUCUUCGAAAUAAAAAGCAAGAUCCAAUUUCCAAUGAAAUCUACAUUUAUUUUCAAGCGAUGUAUGGUGAUGUGAUGAUCACAUUAUCGAAUGAACGAAUCGGUUCUGUUCAAAGUCGACGAUAUAUUCCAUGUCUCAUGUGUUAUGUUGCUGACAUACCAUCAACCACAUCAAGUGAUUAUCAAGAAUCAAUUUCGUAUUUGAAUUAUGGUGAUCCAUUUCAACAUAAAUCUAUUAUGGAUAAAUGUUUGUUUGUAGCACAUUCAAAUAAAUUUCAUCGUAAUUGUAAUGUAGAUGAUUUUCUUAAUUAUUGUUUAAAACUUGAGAAAAGCACUGGUCAAGUAACACUUUCACAUGCUGGACCAAAUAGUAUUUAUAAUUAUGAAACAAUAUCCUAUAAAUUCCCAAAAUCUACGCUUGAUUUGAGUGAUUUAAAUUAUAUUCAUGUUAGUGCUGGUUCACAUCAAGUACCUAUUCGAAAUAUGAUGGUUUGCUUUCAUCAAGUGCCUGAUUUGCAUCCUUUAUUUGAUAGAAAUUUUAAACCAAACCGCAGCUCUCCUAGUCAACAAAAUCGUCCUAGUUCUGCUCGUUGUCAAUCGGCAGCAGCUGCAAAAUCAACAGAUGACAAAUCACAACCGAUUUUUUCGAAAAUUAAGCAAUUCGCCGGUAGUCUAUUUGCUGUUGAUAAAGAAAAACUACGACCAUGUCCUAAUUCAAUUAAUUGUCUUGAACAAACAUCAAACGAUCACUGUAAGCGAUAUUCUCAUCCCUGUCGAUUUGCUGAACUUUGUCGGAAUCAAGACAAAGAACCACAUUUAACACACGAACCCCAUCGAGUGAUACCAUGCGUACAUGAUAAAUCGUGUAAGCGUCUUGAUGACCCUGUUCAUCGAGCAUCAUAUCGACACACUGGUCUUCCUGAUUUUCUUGUUCCAUGUCGUGAUCAAAAAGCUUGUCGUAAUCAAACAGGAGAGCAUCGAAUGAAAUAUUCGCACGGUGAAAACAUCGAAAGAAUUGCAGCAGCCGAAAAACCACGAAAGGUUGCUCAAGCGUCAUCAUUAUCAUCUGAAAAUUAUUGUGAACAGCAACAUAAUCGUCAUGAAAAUCAUAAUGAACAAAUACCUUGUCGCCACGGAUCAAAAUGUCGUGAUCAAACUGAUUCUCAACAUUGUUCCCGCUACUCUCAUUCAUCCGAACAUAGACAAAAGUCUUCGUCUUCUGAUCAAGAUCGUUCGCGAACACCGUGCGCUUUUGGUUCUGCGUGCUAUAACACAAGUGAUCCUGAUCACUGCUCACAAUAUUCGCACUCUGAUGUACAACGACGCCAACCUGCAGAAAUGAGUAAUCAUCAAAGAGUACAAUGUCCUGACGGCAACAGAUGUCGAAAUACUGAUGAUUAUCAUUGUUCUCGAUACUCACAUUCAUUCAAAUAA